AUGUCUCUCGUGCAGGCCGUCCGACAGCAGCUACGCCUCAACGCCUUCUGGGCUCCUCGCCGCUGCCUCGCGUCCCAGAGCGCACCAGCCGCAGCCCCAGUGCAGCCAGCAAGCGGCAAUGCGCCAUCAAAAACCGAGCACCCGGCGCUCGCACAGUCGUGUUGCACGGAGAACACGGUGCUCGUUGGGGUGAACUACCUCAAGGGCCAGCCGGAGGUGCUCGCGCUCGCGGACGACGCGUACCCGCCCUGGCUCUGGACACUCCUCCAGCCGAAGCACAUCCCCGACGACGGCCCUGGCGGCAUUGGCGAGAAGAUCCGUCUACGCAAGGCGAAUCGGCAGCAGAUACGGGAUUCGAACUUCAUGAAGACGCAGUGA